ACAACAAGUGCAAUCAAUAUGGAAAACGCUUCAGAGAACAAAGAAACCUUACAAAACUACAAAACUGAAAGUGAUUUACUAGGUGAAAUUGAGAGAAAGAAACAAAACACCAUAGCAAUAUCAAGAACACUUACAGACACAGGCUAUUACGCACCAAAGAGAUUUACAACAACGUGUUACUUCGCACCAAAAAAAAAUCCAGUCAAGUUUUCGGAAACCUGCAUAAUAACAUUGGGUUCAAAAAAGAAGCAGUAUUAUGAAACUGUUCAAUAUGAAACUAAACUUUUACCUCAACAUUGGAGCGAAAAAAUGAGCGUCUUCCUUAAGGAGCCGUCUUACACAAGCGAGAAGGUGGUGCCCAUCUCUGACCCAGAAUAUCACUACAUAUCUCUAGAACCUCAACAAAUAGCAGCAAAAAUGAACAAUCACGUUCUUUCUGCUAGUCCAUAAAUUAUUUAAGUAUACAUGUUGCUCAUAUCGAUGAACCUUUUAUUACCGGAAACAUAAAAUAUGUUUGCCACGUUACACUCUUACCAAUUAGUAAUUAAGUAUAUAUGCAUUAACAUUCCAUUUGACAUAUAAUACUGUUAUUGUUUGCUAUUGAUUUUUUAUACAUAUGUACUGAAUACAAUUAAUAAAUAUAUUAUUCAUUGAUUUACCUACUA